GCAGACUUUCCGGACCUGAUUAUGAUGCUCUGUCAACAAUGUCCAACUCAACCCCGCUCUUUAAGAGAAGUCACACAGAAUGUCUACUCCCCGCCCAACCUCCUGAAGCUGGCAAGACAGAGGUUACUGAGGGAGGAGGCCUUGGCCAUUUCUGCUCUCAAAGACCUGCCCAAUAUGAUGUUCCCAGUGAUGUUUGAGGAGGCCUUCAUUGAUGGACGUACAAAGAUCUUGACAGCCAUGAUACCUGUGUGGCCCUUUCCAUACCUUUCUGUAGGAAUGAAUAUAAAUAACCUUAACCUGGACACUUUGAAGGCUGUGCUUGAGGGGCUAGAUAUACUGAUUUCACAAAAGGUUCGCUCCAGUAGGUGCAAACUCAGAGGGAUCAAAUGGAGGGAUACACAACAUGAUGUGUGUGGAAUAUGGUCUGGAUCCCAUGAAGAUAAAGGCUCACCAGAGUCCACGACACAGAAGCAGCCAGUGGAGAACAGUCCUGAGUGUGAGGUGAAAAAAGAAUUAAAGGUUAUGACUCCACUCCAACUCGCGGAGGGCAGAGUUGAUGAAUCUACUAUAUACUUGUUGCAGUGGGCCCAACAGAGAAAAGAUUCCAUUCACCUAUGCUGUAGAAAGCUGGAGAUUCAGGGCUUAACUAAGGACACACUCAUAGAAAUCUUCAAUACUAUUCGUGCAGACUGUAUACAAGAACUGAAACUAAGCUUUUUCUUCAUAAAUGAGUUGGAUCUCCUUAAUCCCUACCUGAGACAAAUGAACAAUCUUCUCAGACUUAGUCUAGAUCACCUCAGAGGUUCCAUUGGUUUUGGUGAAGAGAAUGAGGAGGAGAAAGCAAUCACAUUGAUUUCUCAACUUCCCACAUUUCACUGUCUCCAAGAAUUCAAUAUAAAUGAUGUCUCUUUUAUAGAUGGCAACCUGAAAGAAUUCCUCAGGUGCCUGAAGAAGCCCUUGGAGACACUCUGUAUCAUUAACUGUCAACUCUCACAGUCAGACUUGGAUUACCUGCCCUAUUGCCAGAAUAUUUUUGAGCUCAAACGUCUGUACCUUAGUCUGUCUUUACCCAAGUUACUCCUUGCGCCUCUUGGGUUUCUCCUUGAGAGAGUUAGACAUACCCUGGAAUGCCUGAACCUGAAGUCCUGUGAAAUGAAGGAGUCUCAGCUCAAUGACCUGCUGCCUGCCCUAAGCCAGUGUUCCCAACUCACAGAUGUCAAUUUCUAUGAUAAUAAUUUCUCUCUGCGUUCCCUGAAACAACUUCUACACCACACAGGCAAGUUGAGUCAGCUGACCAAUGAGGUAUACCCUGCUCCCCUGGAGUGCUAUGAUAACAGAGGAGUAAUACUAACAAACAGAUUAAAAAAUUUUGGUCCUGAGCUCCUCGAUAUACUCAGGGCCGAAAGACAGCCUAAGGAGGUCUCCUUUGCUACAAUGCCAUGCUUUAGGUGUGAUGGGCACUAUGUUUAUGAUCUGAAGACCCAAUGUUGCCAUUUUAAAUGGGAUCCACUUCAAAGUUGAUUGUGGAAUAGAAAAAUGGAAGCUUAUUAUUGGGGAUUGAUGAAACCUUAAGUGAAUGUCCCUUGCUGAAAGGAGCAUGGAUAUGUCAAUCAGCUAAAGGUUUGAGACACAUUAGAUAGACAAGAUCUUCCUCUGACCAGGUGAAUGGAUGUUGCAUCCCAGAAUGUAUCAAGCACUCUUUUUGCCCCUAGAAUUAUCAUACUUUGAGUGUGUUACAAUACAGGCACCUAUCCAUAAGGAGAUUGUCUCCUCUGUUGACUGUAUACAAUAAAUGUGUUGACUUUCUGAGUUGCUAAU